UGAAGAACAGAACAGACUCAGGAUCAAAAGCCUGGCUGGCAUGUCUCAGAUGCCAUGGUAUGUGAGGACUUCUGCCUAGUGAUGUUUUUCUUAAAGAAGAUAAAUUGCCCAGCAUAAAACUUAGCCUCUCUUUCAUCCAAAGGCUGUACCACAACAAUUUCUUCUUAAGAGUAUCUAAGAGCACACUUGGGUGGCACGAAUUUAAAUGAUGGUGCCAAAGGAAUGCUUUUUCAUGGAUUUGGAAGAAGACAACUUCAUUAGUUGCAACAUCUCUAACAACAGUGAAAACUUCUCUCUGAGGAAUGACUGGUUUAACCCAGGAUUCCUGUAUAUCAUCCCCAUUGUGUAUGGGCUCAUCAUUCUGAUAGGACUGGUUGGCAAUAUUACCCUGAUCAAGAUCUUUUGCACAGUCAAAUCUAUGCGAAAUGUUCCCAACUUGUUCAUAUCCAGCCUGGCUUUGGGAGACUUGCUUCUACUCAUCACAUGCGCCCCUGUGGAUGCUAGCAGGUAUCUGGCAGACAGGUGGCUUUUUGGCAGAAUUGGUUGUAAACUGAUCCCCUUCAUCCAGCUCACUUCAGUUGGGGUGUCAGUCUUUACACUCACAGCUCUCUCUGCAGACAGGUAUAAAGCUAUUGUUCGACCAAUGGAUAUCCAAGCUUCCCAUGCCCUGUUGAAGAUCUGCUUAAAGGCGGCUUUUAUCUGGGUCAUCUCCAUGUUGCUCGCCAUUCCUGAAGUGGUGUUUUCUGAUCUGCACCCUUUUUAUGAGCAAAGCACCAAUCAAACCUUUGUCACCUGUGCACCAUACCCCCAUUCCAAUGACCUACACCCCAAAAUCCAUUCAAUGGCUUCCUUCCUGAUCUUCUACAUUAUUCCCUUGUUCAUCAUUUCUGUAUAUUACUAUUUCAUUGCCAAGAAUUUGAUCCGGAGUGCUUACAAUUUGCCAGUGGAAGGGAAUAUACAUGUCAGAAGGCAGAUCGAAUCCCGAAAGCGGCUGGCCAAGACGGUGCUGGUGUUCGUAGCUCUCUUCGCUGUCUGCUGGCUGCCCAACCACAUCAUCUACCUGUACCGCUCCUACCACUACUCAGAGGUGGACAUCUCCAUGCUGCACUUUGUCACCAGUAUCUGCGCCCGGCUCCUGGCCUUCGCCAACUCCUGCGUGAACCCCUUCGCUCUCUACUUGCUAAGCAAGAGUUUCAGGAAACAAUUCAACUCCCAGUUCUCCUGCUGCCGGCAGGGACUGCUCAGGAGGUCCCAGAGUACCGGCAGGAGCACCACGUGCAUGACCUCACUCAAGAGCACCAACCAGUCCAUGGCCACCUUCAGCCUCAUCAAUGGCAAUCAUGUCUGCCAUGAGGGUUAUGUGUAGAGUUGCCCCAAGAAAGGUAGCUUUAAAUUGGGCUCUCAUUCACCCUGUAAUGGUCCAUGAGAGAUUUUAGCUCCUCUCACCCCUUCCCCCUUCCCAUCCCCAAUUUGGGUCUCCAUGUUGCAGAGAACACCUGAAACCCUUGAGAAACUGGUUUUGGCAGAAAGGACCUGGGAAUGAGGGACUGAGCUGUGGGUAUUUUGAAGAGAUAACAGCAUUACAUUCCUAUCUUCUACUGUAAUUGACCCAGGGAGAUGUUUCAGAAAUAUGAACGAAUGGAGGACAUAGCCCUAAGCUCUAGUUUGCAGGCAUAGCCUGCCUUAAGCAAGUCAAAUAGACGACUGUUCAGUUUUCCAAAGCAAAACAAAUAAACAAAAAAGUUGAUUGUUCAUUUUUAUCAACUAUUUCCUCUUUAGUGUACCUUUACACUGGUAGAUGGUUCACUUAAAAUGUGAUUUAUCUUUUCAGAAAAAAAACAUCUAUUGUGCCCAGUGAAGAGUACCUGUUUGUGAACUAAACAUGGCAAGUAUAUUUGACAUGCAUCUGUCUAAUGCUUUAGUGUUCAAGCUGAGGGACCUUCUCAAGUUAGAAAACCCAGUCAAAAUGAGGCAAUAAAAAUUGCUGAACAUUUAUUUUCCAAGGUAGGCACUGUUUUGUUUUCUUUGUCUUUAUAUCUUUCAUGCCUAGCAACUUGCCUAGUACAUAAUAGGAGCUUAAAAGUUCUCAUAGACUAAGUCCACAGGUAAAGCAGACAAUUUGAAAUGAUCUGCACUUGGUCUCUCCCUUUUGUGUAUGUGAAUAUAUAGCUUCAUAAGACUGAAUUCUUACUUGAUGACAGUCUCUUUCAUUUGGCUGCCACAAAAGAUUGAUUGCUAAGAAAUAAUGUU